AUGGCUCCAUUCAUAUCCAAAGUUUCUACCAUGGCAACAUCGUCAAGCUCCAGUGAAGAAGAAAUGAGUGGAAUACUGGAAGUUUACGACGCGAAGCGGACGGAUAAUCUGAUCAUCACUCUUGAGGGUAUCUCUGGAUCUGAAACUAUCAAGGCUAUCAAGAAACGCAUUGCUCAGAAAAAAUUGAAGCUCACUGAGGAACGUCAAGCGCUUCGUGUCGAACCGAAAGGAAAGCCACUAGGUGAUGAUCAGAAACUCUCCGAUCUCGGACUCUCUUCCCAGAAGGCUGUACUCUAUGUGAGAGAUCUCGGACCGCAAAUCGCAUGGAAAACGGUGUUCAUGGCAGAAUAUGCUGGACCACUCUUCGUGUACCCUCUCUUCUAUCUCAGACCUACAUUCAUCUAUGGAGAAGCUGCCAACAACGCUCAGAUGCACCCAGCAGUUCAAUUCGCUUUCUUGGCGUGGAGUUUCCACUAUGCCAAGCGAUUGUUCGAGACUCAGUUCAUCCACAGAUUCGGAAACUCGACUAUGCCACAAUUCAAUCUUGUCAAGAACUGCUCAUACUAUUGGGGAUUUGCCGCCUUCGUUGCCUAUUUUGUUAACCAUCCACUCUUCACCCCACCAGCUUUCGGCGACUUCCAGAUGUAUUUGGGACUCGUUGGAUUCGUGAUCUCCGAGUUUGGAAACCUCUCGAUCCACAUCCUUCUUCGCAACCUUCGCCCAGCUGGAACUCGCGAACGUCGCAUUCCGAAGCCUGAUGGAAACCCUCUCUCCCUUUUGUUCAACUACGUCUCGUGCCCCAACUACACCUAUGAGGUCUCUUCUUGGAUCUUCUUCACCAUCAUGGUUCAAUCGCUCCCAGCUCUUCUUUUCACUAUUGCCGGAUUCGUUCAAAUGACCAUCUGGGCUCAAGGAAAGCAUCGUAACUACCUCAAGGAGUUCCCAGACUACCCAAAGAAUCGCAAGGCCAUCGUUCCAUUCGUUCUCUAA